AUGGAAUACGAACACGAAAUCCCCCAGUCUACCGGCGACAAGACCUCCCCUCCAGCACCGACGCUCCAGGUGGACUUCUCAUGGAAGCAAUUCCGAAGCAUCAUUACCGACCAAGCCAACCCGUCUGAACCCAUCUACAACGUGCACUACAGCACCUUCAGAUCACCGCACCUCACCUUCAAGUCUGCGGACGACAAGGAGGUCAUCGGCACCGGGACACUGCAGGUGGUGUCGAUCAACGCAAAGUACGAAGUCCACGGUCACGCAGGCACGCUCAAGGCGCUGAAACGCCUCAAGACGCAAUACACGCACCUGUCGUACGCGUAUUCAGACGACCCCGACAACCCCGUGCCCAUGAACUGGAAGAGCAGCUGUGGCCUGAAGAGAUGGGACUUUAUAUGUAUGGACGAGGCGCAGAAUCCCGUGGCCAAAUUCUCGGUCAACAUCUGGGCCCUGCGCAAACUGGGCCACUUGGAAUUUUUGGGGGACAAGGUCAGCAGCAAUGUGGCGCUGAGGGACGAGCUGGUGGUGACGGGAUUUACCCUGUUCUAUAUGAUGUACCUGAGGGCGAAUAACAUCCUGUCGUUGUUUGGGGCCGCGUUUGCGAGACCAGGGCCGAUCGACAUUGAGAAGGAGAAAGACAAGGAAAAGGAAAAGGAGCAGCGCAAGGUUGCGGGAUGA